AUGGCUUCCUCCUCCAAUCCUUCGUCUUCCACCGCAUCUAAGGAUAUUAAUGCCGACGACGACCUUCCCCCCAAGCGGUUCACUAAGGAUGGGGUGGAGAAGAAAACGCAAAACCCUACUCACCUGAAGGAGACUAAAAUAACGGCGCGCAAGGAUAAGGAGAGGGCGACGGAGGCGGCGAUAACUGCAGUGAGCGGAAAAGGCGGUGCGGGACCGAAGGCGAAGAGGGGACGGAUGGAGGACUGGUAUGGCGAGGGGGGGAUGUCUGCGAAGCGUGCGGCCGACGAUUCAAUUUGCCUUUUCAUUGCGGGUACGCGCACGGCGGAGGUUGUGUGCGAGCACCCCCUCUUCCUCAACAUGCUGCGCGCCUUUAACGCCGCCGGACCCGGCUACGUCCCCCCCUCGCGUGACUUCGAUGGCGGCGCCGGCCUGCUGGCGUGCAAGCAGGGGAUUGAGAAGGGAUUGGCGCCCGUCUUGAAGACUUGGAAGGAGACUGGCGUGACGAUCGCCAGCGACAUGAUGACGGACAAGACCGGGCGCGCGCAGAUGAACAUCGUCUGCAUCAACGCCAGCGGUGCGGUUUUCCAUGAGGCGGUUGACUGUAAGGCGGAGACAAAGACGGGGGCGUUUAUCAUCCGCGUCCUGCAGCCGGUCAUCGAGAAGGUUGGACCGGAGAACGUCGUGGCGAUUUGCACGGACGGCGGCAGCAACUACGUGUCCGCCGCCAAGAUGCUGCAGAAAAAGUACCCGCACAUCGAGAUCGUCCCCUGCGCCACUCAUGUGCUCGACCUGCUGAUGGAGGACUGGGGCAAGAUGGAUUGGGCGGCGGAGGUCGUGCCAGUGGCGACCGACAUGAUCACGUUCCUGCGCAGCCACACGUGGCCACGUGCCUUCCUGCGGUCUCCCGAGCUGCACGGCGAGAAGAAGUCGCUGCAGCCGCUGCGACCGGCGGGCACGCGCUUUGGGACACAGUACAUCGCUGUGUCACGUCUGCUUGCGAUUCGCCCGCAGCUGAUGCAGAUGGUGGUGUACAAGGACUGGGAGGAGAAGGGGAAGAAGCAGCAGACUGGAAAGAACUUUGAGGCAUUGGUGUUGGAUGUGGACUGGUGGAAGAAGGCGGGCACCUUUGUGAAGGUGAUGGAGCUGCCGUACAAGGUGAUGAGGCGGACGGAUGGGCCGGCAAAGGGGAUGAUGGGGGGGUUGUACGACAUGAUGCUGCAGCUGACGGUGGAGUUGUCGGCGCUGUUGGAGAGCGCGGAUUGUGGUCUGCCAGCGGCGAAUAAGGAGGGGUUGGAGGAGCAUUUGAGGAGGCGUUGGGACGAGAGUUUGGCUUGCCCCCUUCACGUGGUAGGCCGGAUUCUGAACCCGGCCAACCAGGACGAGGGGAUUUACCUCAAGGACAUUGAGUGCACCAGGGUGAUGAAGGCUUGGCUGUCACGCUCGCGGGCUUUCGUCGACAAGUACUGGAAGACGGACAAGGAGACGAAGGGAACGAUGAAGGCGCUGCUGGAGGGGAUGCUGGCGUAUAUUGAGGGCACGGGGUGCUUUGGGACAGAGGAGGCGCUUGAGGGGCGUGCGGAGCUGAAGGCAGGGAAGGGGGGCAUGGUGAAGUGGUGGAAGCUGAACGGGUGGGAGUACGCCGAACUGACAGGCCUUGCGAUGCGUGCGGUGGCACAGCCCGUUUCCGCCUCUCCGUGCGAGAGCGGUUGGGCUGUGUGGGAUGGGGUGCACACGGCGCGCAGGAACAGGCUGGGGUCGGAGAAGGUGCGCGAUCUGGUGUUCGUGGCGCACAACUGGACUGUUGUGCACGGCCACCACCAGGGAGCAGCUGGUGCAGGGCCAAGUGGGGAAGUAAGGAAGGCAGGGGUAGUGAAGGGGAACAUUCCCACCCCUCCCCUCCCCAAGGGGUACAAGUUGGAGGAGGAUGGGGAGAGGGAGGUGGACGAGGACGACCCGUGCGUCGACGAGUACAAGGACGAGGAAGACAAGGAGGAAGAGGAGGAGAAGGAGAGCGAGGAGGAUGGGGAUGAUGAGUGA